AUGGCGAUGAUGACUGGCCGUGUGCUGCUGGUGUGUGCCCUCUGCGUGCUGUGGUGCGGUGCCGGCGGUUGUUUUGCAAAUGAGGAGAGUGUUGGUCUUGGAGGUGGUGCUGAUCUUUCGCUGGGAUCAAAAGGACCUGAAACGUCUCUACAAGUCACGCAAGGCUUAAAAGAUGAAGCAGAAGGUGUUAAAGGGAAAAAAAAUCUCUCAUCUUCAGAGGAUGAAGAUGAAGAAGAUGAAGAAGAAAAUGAUGAUGAUGAUGAUGAUGAUGAUGGUCCAGGGACAGAUGAAGAAGAAAGAACUCAAGGGCAGAGUGAUCAAGAAGUAAAAGUUACAUCAGACCCAAAUUCUAGGGAAAAGAAGUUAAUUAGCACCGAGCAGCAAACAGGCCAGUCAAUUGUAUCUGCAGGGAACAUUUCUCCUUCCGGCAGUCAGGAAUCAAACGCCAAACCGUUGCAAACAGAAGUUGAAGGAAAGAAGGAAACCGACAAAAGUCGAACAGCAGUAGAGAACGCACUCAGACCAGGUAAAGCAGAGAACACAAUACCUGGGGGAAUUGCGGGAGGAAAUAUUCCAUCGCCUCCAGAAGACGGUGUUGAUUCCCGCGAACAUGAUGGCGAUGAAACCACGAGUGAAGAUAAAAAAAAUGAUCCACCGCCUGAGACCGCAGCCACGCCACAACGCCACCGAGACGAAGGCUCAGAAGGGACUGGGGAAGAUACAAAAGCAACGACAGUAACCUCCAACACAACAGAUACGACGAACACACAAAACAGUGACGGCAGCAGCGGGGUCUCCCACACCACCUCCCCUCUUUUGCCUCUUCUUGUUGUUGCUUGUGCGGCUGCAGCGGUGGUGGCCGCGUGA